CGACGGUCUCCUUCUCCCCACUCAGUUCCCCGUUCUCCUCCACAGUCCAAGAUGGCAUCGAAGGGCAAGACUCCCGCGGAGUUCGCCACCGACUUCAUGAUGGGUGGUGUCUCUGCCGCCGUCUCAAAAACUGCUGCUGCGCCCAUUGAGCGUAUCAAGCUCUUGGUUCAGAACCAGGGCGAGAUGAUCAAGCAGGGCCGCCUCGACCGCCCGUACAAGGGUAUCGGUGACGCCUUCGUCCGCACCUACCGCGACGAGGGUCUCGUUUCGUUGUGGCGUGGCAACACUGCCAACGUCAUCCGUUACUUCCCGACCCAGGCGCUCAACUUUGCCUUCAAGGACUACUUCAAGUCCCUGUUCGGCUUCAAGAAGUCUGAGGGCUACUGGAAGUGGUUCGGUGGUAACAUUGCCUCCGGUGCCGGCGCUGGUGCCUCUUCCCUCCUCUUCGUCUACUCCCUCGACUACGCUCGUACGCGUCUCGCGAACGACGCCAAGUCCACCAAGGGUGGAGGGGAGCGUCAGUUCAACGGCCUCAUCGACGUCUACAAGAAGACGCUCGCGUCUGACGGUAUCGCCGGUCUCUACCGUGGCUUCGUCCCGUCCGUCGCGGGUAUCAUUGUGUACCGUGGUCUCUACUUCGGUCUCUACGACUCGCUCAAGCCGGUUGUCCUCGUCGGCUCGCUCGAGGGUUCCUUCCUCGCUUCCUUCCUUCUGGGUUGGUGUGUCACGACUGGUUCCGGUCUUGCGUCGUACCCGCUCGACACCAUUCGUCGUCGCAUGAUGAUGACCUCCGGCUCUGCUACCCACUACAAGUCCAUGUUCGACUGUGGUUCCCAGAUCAUCGCCAAGGAGGGUGUCCCGUCGCUCUUCAAGGGCGCUGGUGCCAACAUUCUCCGUGGUAUCGCUGGUGCCGGUGUGCUGUCCUUGUACGACAAGUUCCAGGAGCUCGCCUUCGGCAAGGUCUACGCUGGUGGCUCCGGUUAAGCGUCUCGAGACUUGGACACGAGUCGGGGCUCAUAAUCGUUAUUCACCGUGCUUUGCGAUCUUUAGACACUUCCCGGUACUUAGGAAUACCCUACAUAGCUUGCCUAAAAUCUUACCGCCG